AUGAUUCUCUUCCUUCUCACAACGUCCACCAUGUCUCUCUUCGAGCGCACUACGAGAGAGUGCUCGACUAGACCCCCGCGACUCCAACCAUCGCCUUCCCUUCCCAAUUUACGGUGAGCCGAGCACCUUCCUAAGCCGGGCAUCAUUAUUUCAAUAUCACUCACCCCUUGCUAUAGACCAAGUCCGCGAGAGAUGGUUACAUCUCGCCACGUGGCUCCCCCGCAAUCAUCGAACUUGCGUAAUUCGGCUUCUCCAAUACCCCCGCAGCCCUCUACUAGCAAGGAUACUAGUCGUUCAAAGGCUUAUACUAGGAAGCCUACGGCAACAAGUCAUUACCUCACGCCACCUCUCACGCCAUCAUCAUCUCUUCAGAGUGAUGGCACCGAUCAUGAAUCCACAGACCCCAACAUUCCCAUUACUGAUCUCAAGGGUCUCACCCUCGCUGAUUCUGGUCCCGAGAGUAAUCAGCACAGCAGGUUUCUGAUCAUCGGAAAUGCACCCAGUGAUCUAUCCGAGGACGUCAUUGCUCAAUAUUUCAAGAGUAUUUCGUCUCCUAGCAUCACUAGCCCUAUGGCGCGUUCCAUGCGCCGCUUUGCGUCAAAACCGAUCCAGAAAAUUUUCCGCAGGAGUCCGGAAAAUCGGGAUUUUAUAGUUGCAUUUUAUGACGUACGCGAUGCUGAACGUGCCAAACGUAUCAUCGAGUCAAGGGCGUCUAAACGGAUGCAAGAUGAUAGUAAGGUCAUCCCGAGUGUGCAAGCUACUGGUGUCGCUUGGCAAGAGGCGUUAACAUGCCGUCUUGCGGAAACUGGUCAUUGUGCAGAGCUUCUGGGCGCCUUGUCUCCCGUCUUCAUGACACAGACAGAGGGCGUGUUCUGCAUAUCCGUUAAUGAUACUUCGCCCACUCCCGAUUUUUCUACUUCUCGCACCCGGAGGCAUUUUGCCAUUCCGGUCAAAAUCAGGAGUGUGUUGGAAAAAUAUGGGGACGUUAAAGCCUUCAACUGCAUUAACGUCGAAGACAUCGAGAGCUCUACUCAGGCAAGUCUCUCAUCAUUUGCCCAUUCUUGUCUGUGUUUCGUUAUCCACUUCCUGCAAUUAGCCUGUAGCGUGCACUUUGGGCCUACCACGUACGGGCUUCCCUUUCGACCACUCAGUUUCCGACGUCAUCCUUCCCAUAAUUGAUAAGUCGUUAACCUUUUAAACGACCUAGAUUUUUCUAGCGGAAUAUUUUGAUGUCCGAGAUGCGGACGCAGCUUGGGAAGAGCUAGACGGACGUGUCGUGGAUAGCCUGGAACUUCGUCUUUUCAGCA